AUGCAACCGCCCUACGAACUUCCUACCGCGCACUGGAACGUUGCUCUCAUCGGCACCACUCGCUUCGAGCACUGGAAAAAAGAACAGAGGAGCACAGACCUCUGUCAACUGUCCCAAAUCCGGGAUCUAGAAGAGCACAUAAAACGCGGGAAACAUCGUUGGGGCGGCCACGUCAUCCGCAGACAAGACGACCGCUGGUCCACGAGAUUAACACACUGGAUUCCGAGAAACAUCAAGCGCCCACUCGGGCGCCCACCGACCAGAUGGACGGACUACUUCCGCACGAACAUCAGUCAGCCAGGCCGCCACUGGAUGACCGUCGCGCAAGACCGAGCCGCCUGGAGAACGUGUGGUCCACGCUGA